GGAGUUGCGUUGCUUAACCGCGCGCUGCUGCUGUCUUCGAUGCUUGCACCGGCAGCAGUCGUCGCCUCCCGCCAUGUGCUUGAACUCCUACGCCAGUGCCGCUCCAUCCAACACCUGGACCAGAUCCACGCCCACCUAGUCGUCCACGGCUUCUCUGACGUGUCUUCCGUCGCCUCCCAGCUCAUCGCCUCCUACUGCACCCUCUCCGCUGGUGACAGAGAUGGCGGACUCUGCCAUGCCCGCCGGCUGUUCGACAGAAUUCCAGAGCCGGACAGGUUCAUGUACAAUACCCUGGUCAGGGCGUACUCCAACAGCGAUUGCCCCCAAGAGGCGCUCCGUCUUCACCGUGGAGUCCUCCAACGGGGAAUACUGCCCAAUGAGUUCACGCUGCCGUUUGUCCUCAAGGCGUGCACGACCGUGCGAGCAGUGGAGCACGCGCUGGCCGCUCAUGGAGUGGUUGUUAAACUGGGGUUUGUGCAACAGAUAUUCGUGGCUAAUGCGCUUCUGCAUUUUCAUGCGUCAGCAGGGUCUCUGCGGGACUCCCGGCGGUUCUUUGGUGAGAUGGCGGACAGGAAUGUCGUGUCGUGGAACACGAUGAUCGGCGGAUAUGCACAGGCUGGGGAGGUUAGUGAGGCGUGCGCUUUGUUUGGCGAGAUGAGGCAUCAAGGAUUGUUGGCUGACGUGUUCACGCUGGUUAGUCUGCUUUUCGCUUGCUCAAGUGAGGGAAAUCUUGAAGUUGGUCGACUCGUGCAUUGUCAUAUGUUGGUUAGUGGAUCUCGGGUUGAUCGGAUUCUUGGCAAUGCUCUGUUGGACAUGUAUGGUAAGUGUGGAGAUUUGUGGAUGGCUCAUAGAUGCUUUGACAUGAUGCCCAUAAAGAACGUCGUUACAUGGACUUCAAUGCUUUGUGCUCAAGCAAAACAUGGUUCAGUUGAUGCUGUGAGAGAUUGGUUUGAGCAGAUGCCAGAGAGGAACAUAGUCUCUUGGAAUGCUAUGAUCUCUUGCUAUGUUCAAUGUGGCCGAUUGCAUGAAACUUUGGAUCUUUAUAACCGUAUGAGAUCCCUAGGGAUCACCCCAGAUGAGUUUACUUUGGCUGGUGUCCUUUCUGCCUGCGGACAAAAUGGCGAUUUGGCUUCUGGAAAGAUGAUACAUUGCUAUGUGAGAGACAAUUUCAAUGAUCCUGGUGUCACUCUACUUAAUUCACUUCUUGACAUGUAUGCAAGAUGUGGUCAGGUAGACACAGCCAUAGGCUUGUUCACUGAGAUGCCCAAUAAAAAUGUUAUCUCUUGGAAUGUAAUUAUUGGGGCGCUAGCUAUGCAUGGUCGUGCACAGGAGACAGUUACAUUCUUCAGAACUAUGGUAUCCGAUGCCUUCUCCCCUGAUGAGAUCACCUUUGUCGGUCUUCUUUCUGCAUGUAGUCAUGGGGGUCUACUAGAAGCUGGAGAGUAUUACUUUGAGGCCAUGGCACGUGUUUACAAUGUUGAGCCUGAAGUUGAGCAUUAUGGUUGUAUGGUUGAUCUGCUUGGUCGCCGUGGCCAUCUCGCAAAAGCUGUUAAUCUAAUAAAAGAUAUGUCCAUUAAGCCUGAUGUUGUGGUUUGGGGUGCAUUACUGGGAGCCUGCAGGAUCCAUGGGAAUGUGGAGAUCGGCAAGCUAGUGAUCAAACAACUACUCGAGCUGGAGGGAAUUACUGGAGGCUUGUUUGUCCUAAUUUGUAAUUUGUUUUAUGAAACUAACCAGUGGGAGGACAUGAAAAAGCUCAGGAAGCUAAUGAAAGAGCAGGGAACAAAAAAGGAUAUGGGCGUUAGUUCAAUUGAAGUAAAGAACAUCAUACAUGAAUUUGGAGUGGAAGAUCUCAGACAUGAAAGCACAAAUGAGAUAUAUGCGGCAGUCGAUCAGUUGUCAUAUCAUUUGGUCUCUCUGCAUGUCCUGGCUGUACAACCAGAAGAACUAAUUGGGGAAGAGCGAAACAAUCUAUUUAGGAGGCUUCAGACUGUCCAUCAGAAGCUGAUGGUAUAGGGAGGGGCAUACGCAGAAAGAAAUAGAUGCUGCACAUGGGCUGCAAAUGCUAAUAUUCAUCUUCAAGCAGCUUGUCUGUUGAAGCCUUAAGGCUUUCUGCACAUAUCACGGUUCUUUGAGCUACCAACCCAAGUUAGGUGGGUUGCAUCACAUCUACAUUGCUCAGGAGUCGCUGCCUUCACUGCUGUGAUGUCGCACCAAUAACUCAAGAAACUAAAGCUCAGAAACCGUCGCUUCACCAGAUUUGGAGGACCACGGUUCACAGGAGCAUGCUGACUGCUAACCUUUUGACUCUGCCAUUAUCCUGACAGGAGGGAGUCAGCUGCUGCUUAUCAACUCAUCACAGAAACUCAGAAAGAGGUACAUAUCUGUUAGUUAGAUUGAACAGCUGCAAGAUGGGAUCCGUGAUCACAUUCAUGAACUUGUGAUGAUCGUCACAUGUUUCCGUUCACUGGUGCAGCAAGCAAUAAACGUCGCUGGUCGCCAAUUGAAAGGUAAUAAAAGGGGAGUGCCCAGCGCAUGUGUGGCGCUCUGGCAGUUAAGCGCCGGAGAGGUUGCUGCCCUGCCACCGGCACCACCGCGCUCGCAUUAUUAUCGGCCGAUAGAGCACCCGACGGCCGGUGCCCACAGCGGCACAGCUCCCACAACAGAUCUUGGUUAGCGGUACUAGCUCGACCACUGCCACCAUUAUAACAAUCAUGCUGCUAAACUUUUCCAUGUCAUGCUGUCGCAAGGCGAUGAGAGGAUGAUUAUGAUGAUGCUUUGUUUUUCUUUUCUGGAUAAACAUCGAGUACAUUCGCAUGUGUGUAAUAUGCUUUGGUUCCGGAUAAGGGAAUACAUUCUUUUGGUCUGGAA